UAUCUAUUGACUGCCUACAGCUCACUUAGGCUCGGGACAGAUACCCUCUCUCAACCUUUCAGUCCAUCCACCUCGCCGCUUCAUUUGUCCACGCAGCCAUGAGGACCACUGUGGUUGCUGUUGUCAUGGUGAUGUUGUGCGUGAUGAUGGCACACGCGGACAUGAAGCCGCAGAGAGAUUUCAACCUGCAGAGGUUUGCAGGUAAAUGGUACCGGUUGGGCCUGGCCUAUGACUCGCCAGCUUUUGUUCCCUACAGAGACAAACUGAAGGCCUCCAUGGGCAUGAUCACACCACUGCCAAACGGCAAUGUUAACCUCACAAUGUGGGAUGCCACAACUGUAGGUUGUCAGAUUAAGGUGUACCAAUAUGAGAAGACCACCGUACCUGGACAAUUCACCUACUUUAGCACACGCCAUAACAUGGUGAAGGACGUCACAGUGGUGGACACAAACUACACUGAAUAUGCUUUGGUUCACAAACACAAGGCUUUUAACAGAGAAUACACACAGGUGGCGCUUUACGGUCGCUCUCAAACGGUCAGAACUGAUGUAAUUCAGAGGUUUAAAGCCUUUGCCUUGUCCCGGGGUUUCCCAAGAGAGUCUAUUCUGACUCCACCUCCAGCAGGAAAUUGCCCACCAUCAGGAUCUAGACGUUAGGUUCCCUGAUGCACCUGAGAUGAGAGUGGCUGCAUAUUCUGAUGUGCUGCUCCAACCCUGUAUUCUCUGCUCCACUUUUUUCCCCCCAUGCAUUUACCAUGAAGUACUACAAAGAACUCUCUUUCUGCAAAUAUCAUCAUUCUGGCUACAAUGAUGAUAAUUAGUAAAAUAAAUAUUGCUGAUGAAAUGUAUACAUCAUCCUCUAGGCUAUUUUAAAUCAUUUCUUUUCCAAAUUACCAAACAUCAAACAAAACCUUCACAGAAAAAGGCUUCUCGUUGUGGUAGUUGGUUUUUGCCUUUCAUCAAGUAGUUUAUAUAAAAUCUUUGAAUUAACUUCCUGAAUAUAAUCAACUGGGUUGUUUCACAGUGUUGACAUAGUUAAAUAAACAAUAUUAACCACCA